UCAAAUCCAUCUACUCCUCUUCUACCUCUCCUCCUCCUCCUCUUCUUGGUCGUCUUCUCCUAGCUCGCCAAGAUGAGGAUUUCCAUGGCUCUCGCGGCGGCCGCGCUGCUGCUGCUGCUGUCGCUGGCAGCGGCGGACAUGUCGAUCGUGUCGUACGGGGAGAGGAGCGAGGAGGAGGCGCGGCGGCUGUACGCGGAGUGGAAGGCCGAGCACGGCAAGAGCUACAACGCCGUCGGCGAGGAGGAGCGGCGGUACGCGGCGUUCAGGGACAACCUCCGGUACAUCGACGAGCACAACGCCGCCGCCGACGCCGGGGUCCACUCCUUCCGCCUCGGCCUCAACCGCUUCGCCGACCUCACCAACGAGGAGUACCGGGACACCUACCUCGGCCUCAGGAACAAGCCGCGGAGGGAGAGGAAGGUCAGCGACAGGUACCUCGCCGCCGACAACGAGGCGCUGCCGGAGUCCGUUGACUGGAGGACCAAGGGGGCCGUGGCUGAGAUCAAGGACCAGGGUUGCGGAAGUUGCUGGGCUUUCUCAGCAAUAGCAGCUGUAGAAGGCAUCAACCAGAUUGUUACUGGCGACCUGAUAUCUUUGUCUGAGCAGGAGCUAGUUGACUGUGACACUUCAUAUAACGAGGGAUGCAAUGGAGGUCUGAUGGACUAUGCAUUUGAUUUCAUCAUCAACAAUGGUGGAAUCGACACCGAGGAUGACUACCCUUACAAAGGCAAGGACGAACGGUGUGACGUAAACAGGAAAAACGCAAAGGUUGUCACAAUUGACAGCUACGAAGAUGUAACACCAAACAGUGAGACGAGUCUGCAGAAGGCGGUAGCAAACCAGCCCGUCAGUGUUGCAAUUGAAGCCGGUGGCAGAGCAUUCCAGCUCUACUCAUCGGGUAUCUUCACGGGUAAAUGUGGAACAGCACUAGACCACGGCGUCGCUGCUGUUGGGUACGGCACAGAGAAUGGCAAGGACUACUGGAUCGUGAGGAACUCGUGGGGCAAGAGCUGGGGUGAGUCCGGCUACGUCCGUAUGGAGCGCAACAUCAAGGCGAGCAGUGGCAAGUGCGGCAUUGCCGUUGAGCCAUCCUACCCUCUGAAGAAGGGCGAGAACCCCCCGAACCCCGGCCCUACUCCGCCGUCCCCAACCCCGCCUCCCACCGUCUGCGACAACUACUACACUUGCCCCGAUAGCACCACCUGCUGCUGCAUCUACGAGUAUGGCAAAUACUGCUACGCCUGGGGCUGCUGCCCACUCGAGGGCGCCACCUGCUGCGAUGAUCACUACAGCUGCUGCCCUCACGAGUACCCCAUCUGCAAUGUUCAGCAGGGAACCUGCCUCAUGGCUAAGGACAGUCCACUGGCAGUGAAGGCUCUGAAGCGUACCCUGGCAAAGCCAAACUUGUCUUUCUUGUUUGGCAACGGCAAGAAGAGCAGCGCUUGAGCAAUUUCAGAACCGUAUCAGACCGUCCAGAGCCAGCGUGGUUGCAUCAUCAAAUGAUCAGCUGGUAACUGACGAAGACGAUUGCGCAGCUCGGCGGCGAACCCUGCGCACUAAGUAUAUCUGCUUUUAUAAUAGAUUUCUCGUGUACAUAAAAUCUAAAAAAACGGGUUCAGUUGGUUACAGAACUGCCAAAUUUGCUUCUGAAUGUAUAUGUAAAAUUCAGCUAGGUUUGCUCCUAAGCUCCUAGAUGCCAGUUCGACGGAACUGCAAAUUGAUAUUGGAACAAGAUAAGGUCAUUGCCAUAUUAAUCCAUCAUUCAUGUAUUCCAUACCAA